ACAGGUGAAUCAUACUGGGGAAUCUGUUCCACAGUUGGGGUCACCACCAAGAAGGCCUUCUCCCACACUGCCAUUGCGCUUUGAUCCCGGCCAAUCAUAUUGUUCAAGAAUAAUGAAUAAAGAAUAAUAAACCUUACUCAGAAGAGGCAUUUGAAAGAGGUGCCUUCGAUGUUUGUAAUGUAUGGGUGGGUUCAUACAGGGAGGGGCACUUCAUCAGAAAUUGUGCUCCUGAAUCACUUGAUGCUUUCCAAGUCUGUACCAGGAUGUUGGACCACUUGAGGACCAAACUGAAUUUUGUAGAUGUUCUUGGGGCAGCGUUCCCAUGCUGGGCAGCAACAAAGGCAAAAGUGGCAAGACCAAAGUAUUAAAAAGACCGACAUGUUUUAGUUUGCAGCUCUUAUGACCAGGAACCAAACCCUGAGUGCUGCAUUUCAACCUUUUAGGAUGGUGAAAAAAUGUUACUUUCAGCAAAGCACCGAUUCACUGCUGGUUGGGGAAGAGUGAGGGCCAACUGCAGAAUGGCAGGAAGCCACCAGUCCACUGGUCCUCAAGGAAAACUGGGCCAAAGAAAGUCAUGGUGAUCUGGGCAACCCCCAAGAGUUGGAUUCAACCUCCAGGUGCUGAGGAAGCUCCUGACUGCCGCUCAACACCUUGCAUUUUAGACUGGCCACCUUGAGAGCUGGACGGAGAAGUCAUGCAGGAGAGCUCCGAAGCUGAUGUUUCUUUAGAUCAGCUGGAAAAUGCUCCUGCUGCAGCCGUGUCGAUGGAAGGCAUCAGGGAGGCAUGUGAUCCUGAGGGUGCUGGAGCACUGGAGGAAGAAGAGACGAUCCUGAGAGUCUCCCAUGCAGGUGUGGGAAAGAAAGCCAAGCUCAUGAAGGAGGAGGAGGAGGGCGCCUUCAGCAUCGAACAGCGAAGCCUCGUUGGGGAGAGCCUGACCACAGCUGCCGUGGGGCCCCCACCCCGCGGGAAGGGGGAGAGACUUUACCCCUGCGGCGAAUGUGGGAAGGCGUUCAGCCAGUGGUCCAAACUGGUGCGGCACCGGCGCAUCCACACGGGGGAGCGCCCCAACACGUGCACGGACUGUGGCAAGUCCUUCACGCAGAGCUCCCACCUGGUGCAGCACCGCCGGACGCACACGGGCGAGAAGCCCUACGUCUGUGGCGACUGCGGCAAGGCCUUCUCCUGGAGCUCCAACCUGGCGCAGCACCAGCGCAUCCACACGGGCGAGAAGCCCUACGUCUGCCGGGAAUGCGGCAAGGCCUUCUCCCAGAGCACCAACCUCAUCAAGCACCAGCGCAGCCACACGGGCGAGAAGCCCUACCGCUGCCCCGAGUGCCCCAAGAGCUUCUACCGCUCCUCGGACCUCAUCCAGCACCAGAUCACGCACACGGGCGAGCGGCCCUUCAAGUGCGAGGAGUGCGGCAAGGGCUUCACCCAGACCGCCAACCUGGUCAAGCACCGGAAGAUCCACGCAGGCGAGAAGCCCUUCCGCUGCAGCGACUGCGGCAAGACCUUCAUCCAGAGCUCCGAGCUCAUCCAGCACCAGCGCACCCACUCGGGUGAGAAGCCCUACCAGUGCCAGGAGUGCGGCAAGCGCUUCGGCCACGGCGCCACCCUGGUCAAGCACCAGCGGCUGCACAUGGGCGUGGAGCCCUACCGCUGCGCCGACUGCGGCAAGACCUUCGGCCUCAGCUCAGCGCUGGAGCGCCACCGGCGGUGCCACAGCGAGAGUCGCCCCUACGCCUGCGCCGAGUGCGGCCAGAGCUUCUCAUUGGCCUCCAACCUCACUCUGCACUCGCGCAUCCACCGGGGCGAGAAGCCCUACCGCUGCGCCGACUGCGGCAAGUGCUUCGGCAUGAGCUCCACCCUCAUCCGCCACCAGCGCAUCCACACGGGCGAGAAGCCGUACGCCUGCCUGGACUGCGGCAAGGCCUUCGUCCGCAGCUCGCACCUCACCCAGCACCGCCGGACGCACACGGGCGAGCGGCCCUACCACUGCGAGGAGUGCGGCCGGCGCUUCUCCCAGAGCUCCAACCUCAUCACCCACCAGCGCAUCCACAUGGAGGAGCGUCCCCACGUCUGCCACGACUGCGGGCGGCGCUUCGCCCUGGAGGAGGAGCUGCAGCACCACUGGCGGGAGGAGGGUGGGAAGUGCAGCCGCAAAGCGGAGGCGGGCGAGCUGGAGGCCCACGUUUCCUGCAUGGCUGACGCGGGCAGGGAGAGCUAUGCGGACGGGCAUGGGUCUCCCCCGUGCCAGGGGAGGCGAGUGCUGUGCGCGGCACGUGGACUGGAUUGCACAGAAGCGGGGGCUCUGGGGGAGCGCCGGAAGAGCCACGGCGCCCACCUGUGUGUCGUCUGCGGGCAGGGCUUCCAGGACGGAGCGGCGCUGGCGCGGCACCGAGAGAGCCAUACGUCCUACAUCUGCACUGAGUGCGGGAGGAGCUUCGGGGAUGCCGACACCUUGGCUUGCCACCAGCUCAGCCACGAGUCUUGGAUCUGUGGCAUCUGUGGGCAGAACUGCAAAGACAGCCUGGCCCUGGCGCAGCAUGAGCGAACCCACGCGCAGCACCUUCGUGGCACGUUCGGGGAGAGUUCUGUUGACGGCAAGGUGCUUGUUCUGCGCAAGGAGGGUCAGACAGGCAAGGAGAACCCAAAGCGUAUCUUUGUCCGGGAAUCCUCCAAGGCCGUUGCAUGCAUUGAUUCCAGUGAGGGCUUUGUGGUCGAGACAGUCCUCAUCCCGCAACAGGAAUCGCAAGCGACAUGGGCCUUCCUAGAACGUGGAGACCCACGCAAGGACAGUCUGGUGCUGGCGAGUCCCCAGCUGGGCCACAAGAGACUUUGCGCCUGCCCCGAAUGCAGGCAGGCUGUUGCUGACGGCUCGGUCCUUGGACGCCACCCCAGCACCUGCAUGCAGGAAAACCCCGAGAAAUGCCCGGAGUGCAAGCAAGACUUUGGCGGCGUCUCCGCUCUCGCUCGGCAUCAGAGGGAAUGCGUCUGUGGGAAGCUGUGCCGAUGCGCAACAUGUGGUCGGGCCUUUGCAGAUGGCACGGCCCUGGUGCUUCACCAGAACAGCCAUGCGGACGACAAAGCAUGCUCAUGUCUGGAAUCAGACGAAGAUUUCCAUGACUCGGAUCUUGCGCUGCAUCGGGGGAAUCACAGGCCUCCGGACACCUGUCUUACAGCACCCCAGAAAUCCUCCCUGAGAGACGAGGCCGCUGAUGAAAACUCUGUUUCUAGCUCCCAUCAGGGGCAUUGUCCACGCAGGCGUAGCUUGGGCCUUCUGGCACAGCGGGGAAUUCACUCCAAAGACAAAACUCUGGGCAGCACACAUCUGAGAAUCCCCGCUGAAGAAGCCUCUCCGUGUGGGCUGCUGCCAGACAGUUCGGCUCUCGUCUCGCCACAGCCAGUCCACCUCGAAGAGGAUCCUGGAAGGGCGGCUGCGGAUCUGCCCCAGAAAAGAGCUGCUGUGAUGGACAAGUCUGCACCCGUUUCCACGGAAAUGGCCGCCCUCAUCCGGCACCCAAGCACCAAGCCCUACAAAUGCCACGACUGCAAGCAGAGCUUUGCAGAUGCUGCCAGCCUGGCCCGCCACCAGACCGGUCACACGAAGAAACGGCCGCUGAAGUGCCCCGAGUGUGGGAGCAGCUUCUCAGAGAGACUGGCCCUGAUCCAGCACCAGACCGAGCAUGCAACCGAGAAGAGCAGGAGCGCGCGGCCACUGCAGCCCCCCAAAAACAAUCACAGCAAGGACAGGGACCCUAAGUCUUCUCUGGAGUUUGGGGAGAGUUUCACGGAGAUCUCAGCCAUCCUUCUGCAGAGGGGAAAUCAUGUGUCAGAAAGGGGCACGUCGCAGUGGCCAAAGGACCACAGGGCGGAUGGGAAGCGCAGUUCCGGCAACGCGCUGGAGACCGCAGAGCCGUUCUUUCACCUUGACUUGAGGAAAACCCCUGGCGCCGGCAGUGUGUUGGUACAGCAGGAUAGGGGCAGGUACUUUGGGCAUUCUGAGCCAGCCAAGGUGGCUAAGAACAGCUCCAUUUUGCUGCAACACCUCCAGAAUCAUAAGGUGGAAAAACCGUGACAGAAUGUGCAUUGUGGGACAGCUCAAAUCCAGACCGGCAGCGGGGGCAAGGCUUCAGCCUCCUGCCGCUUCUCCCACCCAGUGCUCAGGGCAAUAAAUUGGAAGGGUGAGGCCAGCAUCAUCGGGGCCUUUAGGUGCGCCAAGGGUAGGAGAGGAUCCCUAGACAGAGGGAAGAUAAUUACCGAUGUUAUUAUUAAGGUAGAGUGUGUGCGGCUGGACAGAACUGAAGCAGAAUGUGUACUGUAGCGAACGAUGCAGGAUUAGAAUCCCCACUUUCUUUACCAGCAAAACACAGGGUGACUCCACCUGUCCAGGUUUCCUUUUCUUGCUCAUUUCUUCCUGCUUUUCUUUGCCCAUGUUCCUCUCUGCCUCCUCGAGUCCAACCCAUCCCUUGAGGAAGCCUCCAAAUCCCAGUCUCUAUAGUGUGGGAUGAACAAGAACUGACUGCAGGUAGCCAUUCAGAGAGCAUCGUUCAAGCGAGUUUGACAGGGACUGUGCAGGUUUGUGUCGGGGUGUCUGGAGGACAGGGAAGUCUUCCAAAUUCCAGGUCUCCCUUGACCUGCAAAGUUCUUGCAGAUUUAGCUGGAAAAACACCCUCCUGCAACUGCUGAGCAGUCACUGUGUAUUGAGUGGCAUUUCUUGUCGUCUCCUGUUCUGACCGUACUGGGUAGAACAGUUUUAAGAGCUUAAAUGUGAUCUUACUCCCUUUUUCCUGUGGCGCAGUUCUGUUGAUGCUUAGCUCCCAGCAGGUGGCAUCGGUAAGCUACAAUAAUCUCCAUGCCUCCCGCUUGGAGACAUGUGGAUUUUGUUAGAUCUGUUCUGUUUAUCCCAGGUGUCUUUAGUUUUGUGGUUGCUGAUGGGCGGAGUUGGAUUUUUUGUAUGAGAAUUCCUUUGGUGUAUGAAUGGCCACUUGUGUGUGCACUAGCACAAAACCACCCUUUUUAAAGUUAUGCAAUUCAGAGGAAUCCAUGUGACUCAGAAAAGGGGGACGUGCUGUGAGUCCACAGUUGAGGUUCACAGAAAUCGAAUCUCAUUUGAAUCGCUUGCAGAUUUCUCUGUUUCUACUCCUUAGAUUUCUGUGACAUGGAAGAAAAUGGCAGGAGCAAAGAGAAAUCUAGAAAGUGAAAUUGGGAGGCAGCUCCCCAUGGAUUAUUUAAUCCAAGCCUGGGUGGAAUUUGACCUACUACAUGAUUGUUGUAGAAUUCUGAGAAUUCUGAUUUCCUUUUUAAAAUGGGAUGUUGAUCGCUCUCAUAAUUGCAGAUAUGAGUUGACACUACAAGAAAUUACCAAGUUGGCUUGGCACAUAUAAUAGGAGAACGUUGUGGGUGUCUCCAUCCUUCCCCUGCAUGAAUGGCUUGUGAUUAUCCUGUGGAACUCACAGUCACAAGGAUUUGAGACCAGCAGUAGGAAUUCUAGAAAGACUGUAUAGCCCAGACCUAUUCAUUCUUGCAAGGCAUCUAGGGUAAAUUACCUUUGCCCUGUUUUACUGAAAUAGGAACAUGGGAAAAGAGAGGGUUUCAUCCAGGAUCACUUGUUGACCUGCAUUUGGGAUCUCGCACUGCUCUCUAGAGAUUGGAGCACAAACUACUUGGUGAUGUCGCCUUUCCGCUUUUAGGGAAAGGUAGUUGUAUGGAAGAGCUUCUGGGUCAUAUUUUAGAGGUCUUGGGGGCAUCCUUCAAAAGAAGGAUGCCCUCUCUUGCGGUUUUCUCUGUAGCAGCUAGGUCUGUUUACUAAUGGGAAUGAAUUUGGGGAUGGAUGGCGGUGACAUAAGCUCCUGGGUUCCCAAGCUCUUCUGACCUCACAUUCCCAUUGGCGCACCUUGUCCAUCUUGAGAUCUGCUCAUUAAAACUAAUUGCUUAUUGGAAGUGUGCAUGUGAAAAGCAAAAGAAAGAAGCAGGGAAGGGGGAGAAAUAGAACCUUCUUGACAUCUUCUGGGUGAUUUUCAUACUCGUCAUGGUCUCUCUGGCUCCUUCCUGUCUUUUUUGUUCCUUGUCUUCCUCAUCCUGGCACAGUGCCCAAUCCUGAUAUCAUUUUAGGUCAAGCAGCCAUCCAGUGCCAAUGCCCUACCUCACCAGUCCCAGGUUGGACCAUGACAAGCACUUUGCACAGAGAAAGUGCCCCAAGGAAGAGAAGGGAAAAAAUUCUUCCCUUCCAUUUGCCUGUGGAACCGUCCUGACACACGAGAUCCACAGCAAUCGGCUCUUGUCCCAUUUUAAAUAUUCUUCAUGGCUGUGAAACCUUUUCAUAGGCUUCUUCUCCUACAUUCAAUUUAAUUGUUUAAUUGAUUAAAUGUAAUUUAAUUAAAACAUUUCUAUGCUGUCCUAUGCAAGGAGCCUCAGGAUGGCUACAAAGAUAAAAUAACAGUAAUAAAAUACCAAUUACAAUCAACAGUAAUACAAAACUACAAUUCAUAGCUGUGUCCGCUUGUUCGUCAACUCAGAGACGUCGGAUCCUUUCAGUUCUCAUUUCUUCACAAAUUAAAAUUUAAAAAUUUAAAAAUAAAUUAAACAUGAUUUUUAUGGACGUCUCCCAUUGUAGAAAAGCUUUGAUUUCAAAUGCUUUUCUGGUGCUGGCAUCUACCUCACUAGUUCAGCUCUGCUGUACCCUGUUUCCUGGAGAAAGCAGAGGAAUUGGCUGCUUGCCUCUGUUGAAGCUGGUCAGCGGAACUCCUCGCCACAUGAUCUCCAUGUUAAGACCGGGAAAUUCGGAGGGUGUCCAAAACUAGCAAGGGUGUGGGCCUGAAAACCAGCUGCUUUUGACAGAGCCAGUUUGCACGUUCUGCCACCAAGAGAGCAAAAAUCCCCUGAAAAAUUCGGCCACAGCAAGAAUUGACCAAUUUUCCGCACCCUCCAGCACUCCGUACAUUUGUGUCAGACUCGUGCAGAUUCCUGCCUGCUUUGCAGCUGCAGAGAGAAGCUGGAGGGAAUCCACAUAACUAUAAGAAGAACAGAGACGUAGGAGCAGCUUUGUCACAUUCUUCUUGCUUCUUCUAAAACAGGGUCGGGAAGUAUCUGUCCUGCAGAGUUACCUUCCCAGGCCUUGCCCCUCUUCCAGCACUAGAGAAAACCAGCCUCUCUCUAGCCCUGGGAGACAAAAUCCUUGCUCUUAUCUCCAAUCACUGAUAACUGGUUGGAGGUAAGAGAGAUUCCCAAGGGUUGAGAAAGGCUGGGAGAGGAGACACCUGCAGUUAUCUUGAGCCAGGGAUGGGAGAGGGAUUUUCUGUUCUUGGUGGGGAGAGUGGGGCAGAGCAAUCCCUUUCUGCCCCCAUGGAGAAGGGCACCCCAAUGAUGUCAGAGGAUGGGGCUUCAGGAGGGAGAGGCCCAUCCCCUGAUGUUACCCAGCUCCUGGUGGGAAGAGGCUUCCCUCCCCUAGACUCUAUCAGUUCACCCAUAUCCAGAUGUGAUCUCGGCUGAACUGUGGAUGUUAUCAGCUGCUGGCGGAAAACUGAAGCUGGGCAGCCUCAGGCUGGUAUGUGGCUGCAACGGACCAACACAGCUGUACAGGCAAACUCAUCAUCUGCUGCCUAGAGAUGCCAUGGGUGAGAUAGGCAGCAUAUCAGUGUUUUAAAUAAACAACUAAAUGAAUAAAUCUGACACAGCUGGUGAAGGCGGCAGAAUGUGUGUGGCAGGAAUCCCAGAAUGCUUUGUGGCGUCAAGAGGAGCGGCCCUGCUUGAGAUGCCCAAGGACCCUCAGCCGCCCUUGGCUUGGAUGAGAGACCCCUGGAAGCUUUUCACACUUAGCCUUAUUGAAGCUGAACAAAGAAGCAGAAAUUGAAUUCGUAUAAGAGAUAGAUGGAUUUGAUCAAACCCGUUCCAUCUGUGUUUUGUGGAUCAACCUUUGUUGGAUUUUUUACAACCAGAAUGUUGUUCUAUGUGCAAAUCAGUGCUAAUGUGCAUUCACGAAGGCACAUGAGAGUUUGGUGCAAGUGUGCAUUGGCACUUGCAAGUAGCACACCCCAGUGUGAAAAAUUGGCCUGCAAUUCCAUGGAAACUGCAGGAUUCCGGAAAAGCCAUUCUGCCAUGGAAUCUGCAAGUUGGAUUCACAGAAAUCUGAAUUUGUUGGGAUUUGCUGCAGAAUUCUCUGAUAUCCCUAAUAAACCAUUUUUUCUGACAUCCCUAAUAAAUGCUUUCCCUCAUUUUUUCCCUUUCUUUCUCCCAUGUCCCUUCAAUAAGAUGAUCUGCAGGCCAACCCCCCCCUUUUUUUGGGGGGGGGAUUCUUCUUUAAUUUCUAACAGCAGAAUCCUAUACAUUUUUACUGAGAAGUAGAUCUCACUGCAUUGGGUGGGUUUACUCUUAGGGAAGCAUGCAUAGGAUGGCUGCCUUAAACAUUCAGCAUUUUAAACUCAGGGCUAACAUUUCCCCAACACUGCCCCAGUCCUCAAGAAUAGCAAAGUUCUGUAGCAUCCAGAUUAAAACUGUAGGAAUCUCUUCACAUAUUUAUGUCUGUGACUUGUUUUGGGAGGAGCUGGGAUUAUUGUGGUAGUUCGGAUUCAUUACCUCUUCCCUGUCCUCUGAUCAUUUCUGUUUGAUGGAUUCGGUGCUGCGGUUUGUUACCGAGUUCACUCUGUAAUUCUAGGAAUGUAUCAAACCUAAGACUAAUACAAACUCAGCACUGGUUUACUCAAA